UAGUGUUAAACAGUCUGAUUUAUAAUUAAACACAAACGAAUCAACGGGCAGAUGAAAACAAGAUUGAAAAUCCUUUCUUGCUCUCACGGGCUAAAGAGUUUAAUGGGUCUGUAAUCAAAUGGGACACCGAGUAUAAAACGCCUGACCACUUUUACGGUACUUAGUCGCGGCUCGUUCUCCACGCAAGAGGAAACUGUUCUCUCUCUUGAGUCGAGGUCCAUUUAUUUCCGUACGUACGCGUUCCGCGCGGUGCAGGAAGCGCGUGGACCACCACCAGUCGUCGCCGUCAGCUCCGCCGAUGACCAUGCUCGUUGACUCGAGAGAAAUGCCGUUGCGGCUCGAUCAAGCGGGGAAGGAAGAGGAAGACGGGACGCGCGUCCGUUGCUGAAGAAAAGUCGCCGGAUUCCACGGCUCGGUCUUCGCUACGUAGAAAUAACCACGUGAAUUAUCGUCCGGUUCGAAGGAAACUGCGAGGGGUUUGUUCCAAGCAAUUUUAUUAUACGAGAAUCAAUCAAUGAAAAUUCGAUAAACUUCCCGACUUCAAAUCCAGUUCGUAUCGAUCGCCAGAACGAGAUGUUGGAAAACGCGAGUAGAUGGCCAGGGAACGGCUCCCGGCUGGUCAAAGCCAGGAGCAGCCCGAACGUGUCGAAGCCUCUGUCCCUCCCGAAGAAGCAAGCCUCGCCGGAACAGGCGAAGCCGACGUCUACGAACAAACCUCGGACCACGAGACCCGUGACGACUUCGAAACCCAUCGGCAGAACCUCCAGUAACGAUCAGAUCAAUCGUUCAACGGAAUCUACGAAGACUCGUGUUUCGAGUACUGUGAAACCUCGUCGUACGCCUGAGACGGCACGCGGUGCGACGACGGUCUCUAAAAAUGAAAAGAAACCUGUUUCAAAGUCCAUCAGCUCGUCCUGUACGAUUUUGGAGGACCGAGCGCUGUUGAAAAAAGGUCUGUCUUAUACGCCGGCGAAGCCGCCGAAGAAACCCGAGGCCCUGAAGAAGAAAGCGGCUCUGGACCGCUCCGUGAGCCUCGGUUGCGUGUCUACCGGCAGCUCGCUGUCCGUCGAGAAGCCCAAACAGAUCGUCCAAGAGAGAGAAGCGGUGACGAAGAAGAAAUCGAUGAACAGGUCCACGAGCUUGUGGAGCGUGCAGACGGUGUCGAGGAGCGAGCACCAGAGGAGGAUGCUGUCUUCCUCGAGACCGAGCAGGAUCCCGCUCCUCGCGCAGAGAAACAUCCGCGCGGGUCGAUCUCUGGCCGAUCUAUCACAGGUAGAUCGCGCCGUGGAGCUGCACCCGGUGUUCCUCAACGACAUCGACCUCGACCGUUCCAUGGACGAGAGGAUCUACGAGAACUGUAGAGAGGCGUUCAACUGUUCGCCCAACGGGAGCCAGAACAAUAAUAGUCGAACGUACACGAGCAAUCUCGAGGAAAGGGUGGCGAGGCUGAUGGCACAGUUGGAGGACGACGUCGACAACGACGAAGAACGAGGUAGAGACCAGGUGGACUCGGUGACUCCUCCUCGUAGUAGUUCUGGCUACGAGGCACGAGAGAUCGACUCGAAAGGAUCUGGUGAAAGUAAAAUCGUCGAGUCCGGUGAAAAGUACACCGCGACGGUGAUCAGGAUCGAGGGGAGUUCGGGGCGGAUCGAGAAUAGUCAGAAGAUCGACGAAGAGGACGUUGGUUCGGAGAUGAAGAACGCUGGAAAGAAAAUCGAUAGGAACGACGUGACAGAGGAGUCGAAGAAGAAGAAGGAGGCGUUGAGCAUUCAAGAGCUGAGGAAGAACUGGGAGAAGCAGGCCACCGGAUCCCAGAAACCGAUCAGGGAUUCUAUUUCAAAUGUGACUCCGGUUACCGGCGAAACCGCGAAACCGUGUCAAAGGAACAACCGAGUCGACCAGUCGGAGAUCAAGAAUAAGCAAUCGUCCGUGGGCAAGAGAGCCAAGGAGAUAGAGCACCUCGUGAACUUCUUCAACUGCAAGAACGCGGAGACGUCGUCCAAGGAUCCGUGGGUCAAGCGACCCACCGACGCUACCAUCGAGGCGUUGAAGAAGUCCGAUGCCAAGAACAUAAACGAUUACAAUGGAUACAGUUCCGACGGGAAUUGCUCGGAGGACAGCGGCCAUAUGAGCAACGAGAACGAAGUCGAGUGGAAGGAGGGCGCGGUACAGACCGAAACCGUGGAUUUUCCUAAUAAAUUCGACGCGAGGAUCGCCGUGUUCGAUGCGACGUCGAUUAAUUGUGAAAAGAAGCCGGCAGUCGUCAGGAGCAACGCCUCCACGUCCAGCGGUGCCAGCAGCAUCAGUAGCUGCAGGGAGGAAAAGGACGUUGGCAAAGAGCACUGGAAGGCUCGCAGGCCGUACGACGAUUCCCAGAUAUUCUUCAGAUCUGGUACUCUGGAACGACUGGAAGCGCAGAGGGACGAGAAGCUGACCGGGCACAUUAUUCUUCUUCAGGCGAGGUGUCGCGGCUAUCUGGCGCGUCGUAAACUCAACACUUUGAAAUUGCAAGAUCUCGCGGUCAGGUGCAUACAGAGAAACGUUAGGAAAUGGAUGUCUGUGAGAGAGUGGCCCUGGUGGAGGCUGUAUGUGAAAAUCGCUCCCCUGCUAAACGUUCACCGCAGGGAGGAUCAACUCAAAGCGAAAACGGAGGAGGUCGAGAUUCUCAGGGCGAAGGUUGAGAAGUUGGAGCAAGAGCGAACUCACCUGAAGCACGACAACGACCGGCUGGAAGCUAAGCUAAGCGAGAUGACUGCAGAUUUCGCGGAGGAGCACUCGACGUCGACGCUGGCGGCGGAGAGGAUCGACGCGGAGACUUCCGAACGUCUGCGGCUGGAAAGGGAGCUGCAGGACGUGACAGAGGCGCAUAAGAAUCUUCAGCAAACUACCGAACGCUUGGAAAUGGAACUUCUGUACGCGCGAGCCGCGGAUUUGAACGGAGUUGCGUCUGACGCCGAAGACGGCGAGGAUGGAGGUGUUUACAAGCAAAGAUACGAGCAUGCGGUCCGUGAACUCGAGUUCACUAAGAGAAAAAUGGCACAGCAACACGAGGACGAUCUCGAACAGCUCGUUGGCCUCAAAAAGCAAUUGGAAAAGAAGUUGGCUGAUGCGUACGAGGAAGUCGAAGAACAGCGGCAGGUCGUAGGUCAGUGGAAGCGGCGCGUACAGAAGCUGAACGGCGAGAUGCACGAUUUGCGAUUAUUACUGGAGGAGCAAACGGCCAGGAACAAUCUUCUGGAGAAGAAGCAACGCAAAUUCGACUCUGAAACGCAGAAUCUGAUGAACGACUUGCGGCAAGAGAAAACGCAACGGGAGAGACUGGCCAGAGAGAAGGAAAUCGCGAUUGCUGAGAAAUUUACCAUAGAACAAAAUCUCAGCGACGCUCGGCUGGAGAUCGAGUUGAAGGAGGAGAGGCUGCGAACGCUCAGCCAGGAAUUAGAAGAAUUGACAUUCGGCGGUAAAACCGAAGAGGAAGUGGCGCAAUUGAAGAAGGCGAAGCACGAGCUGGAGAAACGGACGAAGGAUCAAGAAGAAGAGCUGGACGAUCUCGCGGGUCAAGUGCAGCUACUCGAACAGGCGAAACUCAGAUUGGAGAUGAGCAUCGAGCAACAGAGGAAGGAGAUGCGCAAGGAGAUGCAGCAGAGGGACGAAGAGCUCGAGGACGUGCGCGGGAACGCGCUGAAGAAGGUGAAAGCGUUGGAGCUGCAGCUGGAGAACGAGCACGAGGAGAGGACGAUACUUUUACGCGAGAAGCACGAGUUGGAACGCCGGCUCGUGGCUAUCGAGGAACAGGAUCGUGUCGAACGCGCCGCCGAAGCUGACACCAUGCACAGACUGAAGAGGGACUUGAAGAGGACCAAAGCUCUGUUGAGGGACGCUCAGACUAUGCUGGAGAGAUCGAAGGGCGAUUCGACCGGCAAGGCGGCUUUGAGACAGCUGAAGAAUCAGUUGGAGGACGCGGAGUGUGCCAGGGCUGUCGCAGUCAAAGCGAAACAGGCGCUCGAACAGGAACUGAACGAGACCCAGGCUUCACUCGAGGAGGCUCAGCGGCAGCGUUCCGAGGCCGAAGAUCGUGCUAACGUCGCCAACCGCGAACGAACCGAGCUACUCUCCCAGUUGGAAGAGAACGAGGAAGAAUUAGCCGAGGUUUUGAAGAAAUAUCGAGCAGCAGUGCAGCAAGUGUCCGCAGAACAGGCACAGUUGCAGGAAGCUCAAGUACAGAUCGCUGCCCUCGAGGCGGAGAAGUCCUCGUUGAAGGAUCAGCUCUCGGAAUUGAGCCAACGAUUGGAGUCCGUCGAGCAGCUCGGCGAUCCGACCGCGAACAGUCUGGCCACGAGGAGAUUGGAAUUCCGCGCCAAGGAGUUGGAGAGUAAAUUGGAAUUGGAGCAGACGACCAGGGCGCGAUUAGAAACGCAGAUAGCCAGAUUGAAAGAAAACUUAGAGAAAUUGCAAACGGAAUGCGCGCUGCUGCGAACCAAGGAACAGAACGCCCAAGAUGCGUCACGAAGGUUGCAGAGAUCGCUUCGCGAGGCUAGGGACGAGGCUAGCUCGGCGCUGGCUCGGGAACAAGAGUCGACUCGCGCGCGACGCGAGCUGGAGAAAUCGCUGGAGGCCGCCGAGGCCGAGACCAAAGUCGCUAGAGACGAUCUCAGAUUGGCGUUACAGAGAAUCGACGACCUGCAGAGCGCGAUUCAAGGAGAACUCGAGCUUGACUGCAGCGAGGAGGGCACGACAGAAAACAGUGACAGUGAUUGAUGCGAACAGAUGUCGGACUUGGAGUCCGACGAGUGCAAGGACGACAAGAAGCUAGCCGAGCAACGCGUAGACGACGAAUCGCCGCUCGGCGAGUCAUCGAUGGACACUUGUUGAAAUCAAAAGAAUGACUUGCGAGGGAAGAUAUCAAAAGGAGAGACAGGGAGUAGACGUUCGAUCGUCAAAAUCGCUAGACUUAUCGUUAGUUUCGUACUAUAAAAACGGUAGCUGUUGUCACUGUCAGUCAUAUCGAAUUUUCGCGAGACAGCCGCAACAGCGAAUCAAAAUUCAAUCGUCUAAAUCAAAUCGUUAGUCGUGCAUACGGCAACUACGAAAGGUAUUGCUGUUGUAUUUGUCAUUUUAUUUUUACUGUCUGGUAUUCAACAGAAAUAUAAACGAUACUUUAUUGGAAGUAUCAAGAGUCAUUUAUAAAACUACAAAUUUGUAUUUUACUAAAUGAAUACGUAUUAUUUAAGAAAUUCAUUCGUCUUAUGAAAGUUUAUUUAAGUUAUGCAUUUUUAUUUAAGAAAAUAAUAGUUACGACUGCGCCGAUACCUUCUGUAGUCGCUGUAUGCUUGCGUAUGCAUAAGGAUGUACUAGACAAGUAUACAAAGAAAAUCUGAGGAGCGAAAUCCGUCAGUAAUGAAUUUACUCGUGGUUUUAAACGUAAUCUAAAAAUAAGUGAGACGAUCACGAGUUCUGUAGAGGUGGUGCUAAUUCCGAUUAUCAAGAAACGUUUCAAUGUCGUGGCUAUCUGUAACUCUGCUUCUAAUCGCCCGAUUCACGUUGACCGGAAUAGUUAAUAUAUUAAAACAUUGCCCGUCAUUUUAAAUUCAUGUUCCUCAUCAUUUUAAACAAUCGACGGAGGGUCGGAUUGUUUUAGCAUUAAUUAAAUCAUUUAUAUAGUAGAAUUCCAUUUAUAUCUCUUCUGGAGAACAGGACUGUCUAAUUUAAAAUUCAUGUUGAUCUUAGACAGAGUGUGCUAUUUUUUUUUUUAAAUCCCGAAAUGUUUCGGAGACCAAAAGCGUAUCUUAUGCUAGUCCGGUGUCAAUGUAAAUCGGGUUGUACUUCGCGUAUUUGGUGCUACAUUUAAUUCGACAGUAGUUUUCGUCGACGGACUACACCGUUCCAGUCUUCCAAGCGGAUAAACGAGAGUAAACGAGAAAACUCGAUUCGCAAUCAUCUUACAAUAAUGAGUACAGUAAAUCUCCUUUUAAUUAUCAUCCGGUUUACAGAAUAAUUUUAAGAAACCCUUUAAGUCCUCUGCAUUUAUUUAUAUUAAUUUCGUUCUAAUCAGACUCGUACAUAUUUUAUCUUGUUCAAUUGGUUCCCCGUAGAGAAUUCUGUUUCCUUAAAAAUUUGUAUACUGCGUUCAACCAAAUAAUUAUUUGCCAGUUUUUAAUUUUGCCUCACGUGUGCUCAUCGUUGUAAAUGAUUUGCGUUCCUGGCAUAAAGGUUUGAAGUUCGAAACAGAAAGUAAUGAGCGUAACGCGAACCGUAAAGAACAAAUACUUACAUACAUACAACAAAGAGCCUUACUUCUUGAGAUGAAAAAAAAGCAUCGUACGCUUUUUUAACACUUCGCUAUUACACGUAGCCAAUAAAAAGUUGUCUAUAUAUAUAGUUUGUAUUAUAAACGACGCGAACUCAGUUUCUUUGGUUUCUUUAAUUAUAUUGAUAAUAAUAUAAUGCUAGUAAUAAUAAUAAGAAGGAUUCACAUGUAACUUAUUGCUUUGUACAAUGCAGAUAUCUUAUUUAAUUAAUUUCCUGCGUUUCUGUAUCCAUUUUUUAUUGCCCCCUACACCUUCAGGUCUCGCAAUUGAAGACUCUUCAAUGCGGAAAUAAAUUCUCAUUAAAAUUA